UUUUCGUUGUCUGGAAGGUCUACGGACUUUCAUUUCGUCGCCAUUAUUGAGGCGUUUGAUAUUGCACAUUUUCGAUACUAGUUCGCGGAAAUUUCUGGCUUAUUCGGACGGCACUAGUGAAAACAAUACAGAGACGUUACAGUGGAGUGGGAGACAUCCAGGUGGGCGUUAUGGAUCAUCAGGUGGAGAAUCUUGCAUCUGCUAUUCUACCACUUGUAUGUGUUCACGCUGGCCAUUGAGGCUGUCCCGUCCUUUCGCGAUGGCGCCUGCAUUGUCGGAUGCAAUUAGGCAGUCCGUGCAUUCAGGUUUCAGACUUCCUCCAUCACCGCCGCCAUCUGAGAGCUCGCCGGAAACUGAUAGGGAGCGGGACUGUGAGAGUCCCACAGCAAGCGAGCGGGCUGUCUCUCCCGUGCAGGCUCAAAAGGCACAGAUUCUGGUGCGGCCGCACAACGGUUACAGUCAGUUGAAAGAAGCCAACAUCCCGGCUCUACUGCGGAAGCUUGCAGCGACCAACAACAAUUUUGGCAUUGUGAACACAAUGGACGUCGACCAGAAAACGGGAGGAAAUAGAAUUCAGAAAGCGACGUGUAACCUACGUGGUUCUAACACAAACGGCAAUCCAAAGCUAGACAUGACGGGACAACGCAACAGUUCUUCGUCAUCCCCAAUCGCCAGCAGCAUUUUGGCCGAGAAUAGGACCACCGUUCAGCAGCCAGAAGCUGUCUCUCCCACACAGCUGGACGAGAGUGCCAUGGAUACUGACGAUCAAUCCGAACUGACCUUGCUGAAGUCUCUCGUGUGUGAUAGGCUCGCGGACGCCGGCAAGCGGCAGGUUUACCUGGAACGACGUGCGGAGCGGCUGCUGCAGCGUCUGCGGCGGCUGCAGACGAUGCAGACGAACACGCAUGUGCGCGAACAGCUGGUGGCGUUCGUUCAGCACCAGCGCAAGAACCUGCAGUCGUGCGUGCGAUCAACGACGAGGACUUGCAGCGCGCCGAACAGCAGCGACUUUCACGCCGAGCUGCUGCAGAGCGAGGACGUGAAGAACCUGUCGACGGCGGCCCUCGUCAACCUCGUGCGGAAGCUGGAGAGCGCCCACGGCUCGCAGCGUCAGCGGCUGUACAGCAGUCGCGGCGCUCACAGCGAGGACCAGGUCACCGUCGCCCUCGGCGACGACCUGUGCGACGAGAUCAGCUGCGUGUCGAGCAGCCUCGCCGCCAACCUCGGUCACCUGGAGAGGGUGCUCGACUCGGAGGCGACCGAUAGCAGUUCGGGUGGCGAGAGCUGCGACGAGGAGGAGUUUGACACGUGCGAGACGCAGCAUCACUCGGUAUAUCGGAGAGCAUCGUGGAAAUGGUCAGUAGACAGAGCGGCAAUCGCCAGCAGAUGGACGUGGCUGCAGGCACAGGUGUCGGAUCUAGAGUACCGCAUACGUCAGCAGAAUGAUAUCUACAAGCAGAUCCGUGCUAACAAGGGACCUGUGGUUUUGGGUGACCAGAAGAUGGAUGCUGUUAUGGCACGUGCGAGGAUCGUGAAUAGAACGGCUCGUCGGCUGUCCCCGCUGGAGACGAAAAUCUCCAACAUGGAACGUUACGUAGAAGCCCAUCCUAACGAGUUGUCUCCGCUCCAUAGCAGUGAUAGCUCGAGGGCAGCCGCACGCAGAGAUGGGUUCGUGCAAAAGCCUGUGAACGGGUAUAUCGACGACGACAGUCGGACAGGGCAGCAGCAGGCUGCGGGCGGUACAGCGCUGGCGCCUCGCGUGUCGCAGAGCAGUGCAAACAGCGUUGCCGUUACCUCCACGACAGGUGGUUUACCGGAGGCAGCGGCACCCGGUACACCUGCUGUAGCACCUGGCCAGGAUGAUGUGACGGCCUGCGCAGCCAGGACUAGACCCCUGCGUAGCUACAGGAAGAGGAAGUUGCUGAGGGCGGCCGGCAUACAUUACAUCAAUCGGAAGGCCGCGCGCUUGUCCACGGUGAAGUGUGGCUGCGCGGCUCCGAUCACCUCGUGCGUGAUGUGCGGUGGCCGCUUCAACAACGUUCAGACUCUGGACCCCGACACAAUGUCACUACCUGAAAGAAUUGGCCUACUUGACCCCUCACACCAUCAAGUCCUUUCAUUUUGCCAAGAAGUACCACUCCAGCAUCAUUUUGAAUCCCUGCUCAAGACAGGAGACUGGCAAACAAAGGCAUCCCCUAAGCAGACACUUGGCCCAUCAUCAUCAUCGUCAUCAUCAUCAACAACAUACAAAAAACGGAGGCUGAAGAACCACGCGGAACAGAGGAUCAAACGGUUGAAGUUGAAAAAUGCAGCAGCGUUUUUACUGUCUAAUGCUAAGCUGCGCAACAAGCUCGUCGAGAACAACGGCAAGCGUGGGAGGCUGCAGACCCUGUCGUUGCCGUCCACCGCGGCGGCGGCGCUGAAGAACUCCGGCCGCAACAGUCGGCUGUGCAAGUCCGAGCUGCGCGAGAGUCGCAAGCAGCGGAAGGCCGCGCGGCUGGCGCUCGCCGCCAUGAAGAAGCAGGAGAAGCAGCGCGCCAUGUGUUUCCCGAAUGACGCGUACGGCAACGCGAUGAUGUCGCCGUCGCCGCCCGGCUCCGCGAUGCUGUCCGACGUCGUCGCUGGCCACUCGCACGGGAAGCUGGAGGGCGGGAAGGACCUGCUUCGUCGACCGUUCCGAAAGUCCGAGAACGCGUUUGAUAUCAACAACAUAGUCAUUCCAGAGAGCAUGGCGGCGUCGGCACGCAUCAUGAAGCUUCAGUACAAGGAAAUCAUCACUCCAAAGUGGCGUGUCGUGGAGGAUGAGGUACCACCUGUCCCCUUACCAAAGGCCAGGAAGAUGUCUACUGGGUCGAACGGGCUUGUAAACCACGUAGGUUCGGGAGAUGCUGGAGAUGAUGAGCCAGAUAUUAUCCACCAUGACGACGCGGCCGUCGCCGUGCGUCGCAACAGCGGCUCAUUCGUCCGGCGGGAGAGCCUGCGCACGUCGCUGUGUGAGGACGGCUCGGAGAGCGGCAGUGGUGGCAGCGCCCUCUGCGUAGACACGUCGCUGUACACGUACCCGACGGUGGCGCCGUACGAUGCGCGCCAGUUCCCGCUCUCCGACGCCGAGGUGCUGGAGAUUGAGAAGGAGCCGCCAACGCCGACGCAGCAGCCCGCCGCCGUCACCGAUUUCAAGUGUGCGGCGGUGGAGCCUGUGCGCCUGUGGGACGGUGGCACGCCGCGCGUGUCCAGACCCACGUCGCCAUCCCCGCAGUCCUCCGACUACGGCGACGACGACGACGACCCCGAUGACCCCGAGUGGACGGUGGCUGCGCGGGAGGCGAGGAACAGUGGUCGUAUCGUGCUGAAGCUCUCGAAGAGGUGAACGGUUUGUGCGUGCGUGCGUGCGUGCGCGCAUCCUCCUGCCGGGUGCCGGGUUACGGGAGGAGAGCCGCCGCCGUCGCCACGCCGGUCGCGGGCUGCGUUCGUGUCCGCGCCGCGUACACGCCGACACGGCGGGGUGUGUUGGUUGAGAGGAAGCUAUAGAAACAACAUGGUCUUGUUGGAGACGCGGCUUUGAUUGCGCUGUGAGAGCUCUGUAAAGACUUGUUUUAGGGGUUUAGGACACACACAGGCAUACACACACACGUACAUGUCUGAGUGCUUGUGAGAGUAGAUGCUGGGGAGUAGAUGCAGGUGAAGAUUGUUGGGUUUUUUUGGAGAAAGCCAUAGAUCGGAGUGUAUAUGUUACCUGCGAGAUGUUGAUGAUUACACCAGAAAGAUAUUUGCAUGGUGUAUUCAGUUCAUAUUGUCACGUAAUUUCAAUUUAAUGAAAGCGUAGGCAGAUUGAAACCAUAUAUGUUGUGUGUGUGCGUGUGCGUGUGCGUGUGCGUGCAUGCAUACGUGUGUGUCUGUGUGUGUUUACUUCUGCAUUAGUGAGGUGAACGAGGAUGCAGUGGACAUGUUUCUUCUGGAGGGAGAAUAAUGCAGAAAGUGGUAGGGUGGGGAGUGUAUGGAGCAAAGUGUGGUGCCAGCUCAUGUUGAAGGCAGAGCAAUACAGAAUGGAGCAUCUAUGCUAAUGCUAGAUGAAUAUUAAAAGUAGAAUGUGUUGUGUAUACUCCUGACAAGGGCUGAGAGGAGCAAGAUGCAAUGUCUAUCUAUGUGCUCCUGAUUUAGAUGGAAAAGUGGUAUGCAGUAUGUAUCCUGCCGGAGGCUGAUACUUGGUAUUGUGUCGGAACGCUUCUGGGUGAAGCAGAGUGAAGGAGGAUGUGGUGACUGUGCUCCAGGCUGAAGGCAGAGUAAAGCAGGAUGUGUUGUCUUUUUGUUCCUGCUAGUAGCAGGGGGAAGCAGGUUACGGUUCCCGUACGACUGGUGGUUUCAGCUAAGACGAGAUGUGGUGUCUCUAUGCUUCUACUGGAAAUGGAGUUAAGCAGAGUGCAGUGUCUCUGUAACGCGUAGUUGAGCGGGAUGCAGUGUUCCUAUCCAUCUGCAGAAGGCAGAAGGAAGCGUGAUGAGUUCUCGAAUACAAAUAAUUUACCGGUUCAUUGUAGUUGUGAGGGAAUCAAAUAAGAUGUAAAGUUUGUCAUUGUGUAUAUCUUGCAUUAUAGUUCACACCGAGUGAGAUUGCAACAUCAUGUGCACUGAAAUUGUCCCGUUAAUUUCACUCUUCAAUUGUACAGCAUUAUUUACGUGUGUGCGAUGUGGUGACUGACACCAUGGCAACUGAUUACGUGAUGCGCUUGGUUGGUUAGGUUGGUGUGCAGUGCAUGGUGGUUUCAGCAGUGUUCGUGUAUAUAUUGUUUUUGCUUUCCUUGAAUCACUUUUCUAGAAAUUAAGUGGUUCAAUAAAGCAUGUAAGAAAAUCUCCAGUUAGGCCUUAGAGUAGACAGGGAAAAGGCUGAAACUACAGCAUGGUACAGCAUUGCGUGUAUAGUUUUUGACUUGCUCCCCUGCAUCUUUCAAAGUGGUAGUUGGCUUUCAAAUGAAACUGUACGCAUGAGGACAAUGUACAUAAGAUAUGGAGUUGGAUAUUUUUGUGAUUUUCAGUGUUGAAUCAUUUCUUGUUGAUGUCCUGCCUUGUAUGGACAUGACUAGUUUCUGUUGUACGUCCCCGCACAUAAACAUAAACAUAAACAUAAACAUAAACACAAACACACAAACAAACAAACAAACAAACACACACACACAUCCCAUCCCAACAUUAUUCUGUUGUUUAAUCAAUUGUCACUGCGGUGAUAUGUUUCCAUUUGCUUUCAAUUUGAAUGUUUGCAUACGUCAUCUACAUACACACUGUUGCAGUGACAGGUUCUGCACCUAUCUGUAUUCUCAUAUCCCCUGCAGCAAGGUUGUAGAUCUAGCGUUCCUGUGUAAUAAAUAACUUGAGAGAGGUGUUCAGUUUACAGGAUCCUCGCAGUGCGAAAUUGGUGUUGUUCAAGUGACACGAUUUUCGCAGCGUUGCUACGGCACUAUAUCUCGUGGGUCGCACCUGCUGCGGCUUAUCGUAAAUUAAAGAAGUAUUGAAAAUAUCUACGUUGCUAGCGGGGAAGUUGUAUAGUUUGCGCAAGAGUAAUACUUUGCCAUAAAUUUAAAAAAAUCCGUGUCUAUCAUUUGCCUGCAACGAUUGCCCAGUAAGCAAUGCUGUUUGUAGUGUGGCAUGAACAUACCUGACAUAUUAAGCAGGUUAACUAUUUACAUGUAUAUUACAUAUUAUGAGUCCAAAAAUAAACCAAAAAAAGCUGGAGAGCAUAAACGCUGUAUGGUGUGACGGAUGGUGCUUGUGAGAGGAGUGUUGUGACUACAGGUAGAGAGGUCUUUGUCUACUCUAGUUGUAGUGGUGUUUGGUGUAUAGUGAUUAUGUUACGCGUAGGUUGACAUGCUCUUCGUUGCUAGAUAGUGCUGCCACCUACCUCACCAAUAGUGUUGGGAAGCCGAUUGACGAUUAGUUGGCUAGUAUGGCUGGAUAAAGUGUCUAUCGGCUAGAUUAGGAAAACACUUGUCGUAUGUUAACCAGUGUGGGUUUGAUGUUUGCAUUUCUGAAACGCAUAGCAAGAUUGUGAACCACAUCAAACCCCGUUGGGGAAAUUUUACUAAUAGGGCUGAUACAUGAGCAGUACCUGCCUGUCUACCGAGGCAUGUUAUGACGUCAUCUUGUCGGAUUUCAACACGGUAACCUCGAGAGUAUAGUUUUUCUUCAGCAAAUAUCUUGUGCUGAUUUCUGUGUGAUUUUCGAUCUGUCUCAUUUGUUUGUCUUUGCUUAGCACUUGGUGCAGAAAUGUACACCAAAAAAGUCAUGAAAAUAAAUACAAAACUCCAUGAUUACUAUUCAAA